AUGAACCACAAACCAUCAACGGAUACUCUCUUCAACAAAAUCCGCAUUGACUUUGGUGAACACUUCGGCAAAUACGAAAGUACUAUUCACGGCACAUCAAAACGUAAGAUUCUCUAUCUAUUGGAUGGAAGUAACGGCAGACAGUUAACACUCAACCUAGCUAGAAUCAAGACAACACUUGGAAAUAUGCGGGAGGUAAUCGUAGUGGUGGUCAACGGUCCGAUUACUCACGAUCAUGUGGCAUCGCUUCGAUCUUCCUUCUUUUGUCACAAGAUUUUAGUUGAAAUAUCACCGCUUAACAUUUACCGUGUAUCUUCAGCCGAUGGACGCCUGCUGACCUAUGGCAGGAACUCAUCAUUUGAAAUGAUUUUAGACGAUCGUCGGGAUUGGAAGGACCACGUGGUGCGUAUCAUGACGACCGAUAAUUUUCUACCACGAUCGGCGUUUGUAAAUGGACAAUUUGUCGGUACCGAUAUAGAGACUUGUAAGGCGAUAUUUGAAAGUGCUCGUAUGCGGUACCAGUUUGUGGUAAAUCCCAAAGGGCCAAAUCAUCUCGAAACUCAACAGAUGGUCGGUCAAGUACUGGAUAAUGGUACGAUCGACAUUGUGGUUGGUUUUACGGUGUUUGAAAGCUUAUCGUUCGACAGACUGAACGUGUACGAUCGGAUAGGAGCAUGCCUCAUGUUACCGAAGAACCUCCAACGUAACUUUAUCUACCACCUUACCCACCCUUUCGAGCUCGAAACUUGGCUGGUGAUCGUAGCAGUCCUAGUGCUUGACUAUUUCCUUACCAGGCUCUUCCCAAGCGCCUUUCCUCACAACUUAAUCAUAAUCCUCAUAUUCGGCGAUUCCCUGCCCGAUCACCACCAAACCCGUUGGACCCGGUUCUACUGUUUCGCCUGUACCGUUCUGUUAUUCCUCUUCACCGAAGCUUACCUGGCCAAGGCCAUGCUUUACAUGACCGUGACCCGCUACACACCGGACAUACGUACCCUCGCUGAGGCCAUCGAAAGUGGAAUCAAUGUGAAAGCACCCAUCGGUACCAAAGUGACCAUCGAUCGAGACACGCUACCCCUCCUGUGGGAACGAACGAUCGAGGAGCGGAACUUCCCGUACACCAUGGACAAUGACGAGUUUGCAUACCUGAUAGAUUGCACCUACGGCAGCCUGUUGAUACGGCAACACGUCGAGCGGGAACUUCGCACAUUUGGCCACCGGGAAGCGAAGCGCCGAUUCUACCUUCUGGAAGAGAUGAUCAGCUGGACGCAGCGGUUCUACACGAUCGCGCGACACUUUACGUUCCGUGAUCACUUGAUGCUGGCGAUCGUUUGGUGUUUCGAGGGCGGUCUUUGGGACCACUGGAAGGACGCUUUUCGUGGGAGAGCUGGCGUUGCGGAAAGAACUCGAUUGUGGGACGAGAAUGACGUACUGUCACUGGAGGAUAUGGUUGCUAUUUGGUUGGUGCUUGCUUUCGGAUGGACCAUUUCCGUUGGGGUGUUUCUGGUGGAGGCAAUUUGGGGGGUUCAUUUGAUGUUCAGAGUUCAGCACUUGCAAUGAGUUGAUCACACGAAUUGAAAAUUAGUUUGCCCUCUUGAACAGAACAAAUAACACUUACACACUA